AUGGCUCCUCCGCCGCCAGCUGCCGCCGCCGCCGCCGCGCCGCCCGCGAGCUUUAACGCGGGCCGGGCCGUACCACUCCGCGCAGGCGGCGGGGGCGGCAGCCGGGGCGAGCGCGCGUCUCCUCCACCCGGGAGUGGUCCGGCCCCGCGCUCCCCGCGGCCUGCGCGGGGCGGCCCGCGCGGGACUCGGGCUGUCCGCCUGGGGGCGCCCCGCAGCCUCCCCUCCACCGCGCCGCGUCCCGCAGUGGAAGCGCCCGGCGGGCUGACUCAGGGCGAGAAGCCCGAGGCCCAGGGAAGGCGAAGACCGUGCCUGAAGUCACACGGACAGUACAUGUGACUGAAGUUCUACUUUUCUGUCUUC